AUGGCAGCAUUUGCCCCUCCAGUCCGCCGCGGCGACUUCGUUUACUCCUCCGUCCUCUACGCAGACCCUGGCGGGAAUCAUCAUACGCGCGCCAGUGUCGGUGAGCUUGCGGCUCUCCUCCGUCCGGAAGCACCCAAUCUAUACAACAAGGGUAAAAAGCCCGAAGUCGCGACACCAGUAAAGGAUCAAGUGUGGCAUUUCUAUGCUGCCCAGCUCAUUCACUAUGGUUUGCCAGUUACAAAGGACGAGAACGCGGCGAAAGUGCGACUCCUGAAUGCCAUGAAUCAAUUCAAGCUUGAGAUGCCAGCGUGGAUUUCGAAGUUGGAGAGCGAAUUAAAAGCAGAGUGGGAGGCAGAGAAUAGAAAGUUAAAGAAGGGUGCCAUUUUGGGCAAGAAGACGCCUAAAUCUAGCACUGUCGGCAGUCCAAGUAUCGGCAGUUCUCAUGGUGUAACUCGUGGUGUCAACGUCUCUGUCAAUCUAACCCUGACUUCCGGAGGAUCACCAUACAGUCAUUAUAUACACACACAACAGGCUAGCCAAAACACCCCAGACAAGUCAUCACCAGCUAAGCGUAAGCGCGCGGACAGCAACGUGUCCAGUCCGGUAGCGACGCCACAGAAAGUAGCAAGAGUCAAGAAGGAGCCCACAACAAAGCGAUCUGUCUCCACCGUCAAGAAAGAGAGCCGCAUCUCAACACCGUCAUCAACCCCUUCACGAUCUCGCGUCAAGCAGGAGCAGUACGAUCCAACGCCGAUGCGCUCCUCUCCAUACAUCAAGUCCGACCCAUACCAAAACCACUAUCAACCCGAGCCUUCGCUACUCCUCAGCGGUACUUACUCCAUCGAUUGUGCAAGUGCUAGCUCCGUUUUCGACGAUUAUAACCUCGACCUCACGCUCGCUCGCGAUUCCUCCCGUGGCUUAUGGUGGGCGACAUUUCGCUGGGGCACUUGA